UACUUUCUCUACUUAUUUCACGAAAUCCCACACUUUUGUCGACGUAGUUUUGUCACAAGCGAGGGUGAAUGUCGCCCGAGCUGCCAGGAAUGAGCGGCAUCGGCUGGAGCGAAGGGACCGAGAUUUGAGAGCGCAGUUCGGUGGGGAGGUGACAAUAGCACCCGGGGCUGGAGAAGAACCAACUUCUGGGAGAGUUGCCACAGCAGAAGCCGAGUCUGCCCACUCCGGGUGACCUGCACAGUGCCAGGUCAGCCACCGUCGACGAGCCACCUGUUGGUGGCCACGAUUGUGGUCCCAUUGAGUGGAGUCCUGCACUUAUGGCCAGCGGUGGAGUUCCCAACGAGAACCUCCCCACCUACAAGGUGGUGGUAGUGGGCGAUGGUGGCGUGGGCAAGAGCGCGCUCACCAUCCAAUUCUUCCAAAAGAUCUUUGUGCCAGACUACGACCCCACCAUCGAGGAUUCGUACAUUAAGCACGCAGAGAUUGACGGACAGUGGGCCAUCCUGGACGUGCUGGACACAGCCGGGCAGGAGGAGUUCAGCGCCAUGAGGGAGCAGUACAUGCGCACGGGCGACGGUUUCCUCAUCGUAUACUCGGUGACGGACAAGGCGAGCUUCGAGCACGUGGAACGAUUCCACCAGCUCAUCCUGCGCGUCAAAGACAGAGAGUCAUUUCCCAUGGUCCUUGUGGCUAACAAGGUGGAUCUGCUGCAUCUGAGAAAAAUCUCCACGGAGCAAGGCCAGGAGAUGGCAACCAAGUUCGAUAUUCCAUACAUUGAGACAAGUGCCAAGGAACCUCCCUUAAAUGUGGACAAGGCAUUUCACCAGCUGGUCAGAGUCAUACGGCAGCAGGUGCCUGAACACGACUGCAAGAAGAAAAAGAAAGAGAAGUGGAGAAGGGAGCGAGUGAGAGGGUCCAAGGUCAAGUGUGCCACGUCCUAGUGUGGCACCCAUGG